GUUUAACGCUUCAGUAUAUAACCUUUAUUAAACGUAAUAGGUUUUUCCAUUUACUUGUAAACGUGACAUCGCAUUACAUAGUAAAUGCCGUGAUGUUUGGAAUUUAAAAUUUAUAGUGCAGUCUCGCAGUAAAUAUCACAUUAGUGGUUUAAAUAUUCUAUUUCAAAAUGGGUUGUCGUAAUUUUAUGCCUUUUUUAAUUGUGCUGUGGACAUUUUUUGCAUCUUGUUGCAACACACAACUUCCGGCUGAGCCAACAAUUAACCUUCAUACAGGUUUAACAGAAAGAAUAGGAAAUUUCUCGAUAGAGUUAUUAUAUUAUGCCACAAAAGAACAAGUCGAGGGAAGUAAUUUAAUUAUUUCCCCAAUAACUGUGUGGACCUCCUUAGCAGUGGUUAGCGAAGGUGCCCACGGAAAUACGAAAAAAGAGUUACGUCAAGCCCUUCGAAUAUCCUCAAAGAAAGCCAAUCAAAUUAAGGAAGAUUACCAGAAAAUUAUAAAAUAUCUCACAGUCCACACUGACACUAUUGUUCUAAAUAAAUUCAAUGGUCUAUUUAUGAAUUCUAAAAAUAUGCCAUUGCAGAGUUUCCAAAACUCAGCAAAAGAAUACGACACGCGUUUAAUUGAAGCUGACUUUUCGAAAUCAGUGGAAACAGCAGAUCGGAUAAAUACUGCCAUCGCAAACCUCACAGACAACAGGAUAUCGAAAUUAGUGGAACCCGCAGACAUAGAAAAUAGUAAUUUAAUAUUGACAAGUGCUAUAUAUUUUAAAGGUCAAUGGAGAACGCCGUUUAAUCCCAAAAACACAAGGAGGGAAAAGUUUUGCGACAGUAACGGCGUUGAAGUGGGACAAGUUAAUAUGAUGUACAUUCGUGAUACAUUCCCCUUUGCCAAAAUUGACGAUCUCCAGGCUAGAGUCAUCGAGUUACCGUACGGCAAAUAUAAUCGUACAUCCAUGCUCAUAAUGCUACCAGAAAAAGGCGUAUCUUUAGAUAAAAUGUAUUCAAAUUUCCAAAAACUAACAUUAGACGACGUAUUUGAAGUGUUAAAGAAGAAUCAGGAGGAAUUCGGCGAUGACGAAAUAGAUUGUUACAUACCGAGAUUCAAAAUCGAGACGAGCUUGGAUUUAAAAUCGUCUCUAGAAUACAUGGAUAUCAUCGAUGUUUUCAGUGAGAGUAAAGCCGAUCUGAGUGACGUUUCAAUUAUACAUACAUACAUAUCCAAAGUUAUACACAAAGCUGAAAUUGAAGUCACCGAAGAAGGCACAACAGCAUCUGGUGUAACGAGAUCAGAUUUCGGCAACAGGAUUGGUGCUAUCCGCUUUGAGGCUAACCGACCAUUUUGUUAUAUGAUCAUAGAGAAAAUUACAAACACAAUAGCAUUUGGCGGUUUCUACCAAACACCUACUUUAUAUUAAAUUACUCAUAUGUGAUAUUAAAUAACUUAUUAUAUAAAAAUAUAUUCAUUGUUCCAAACAAAGUAACAUUUUAUACACGGCAAUACAAUUAAUGAGAUCUGAUUUAUCCUUUUUAAUACAUAUACGCUUUUUGAUUAUUUUAAAAUUGUAAAUCUUUAUUGUUGAUUCUAAUUUCCUUGACAAUGGCUGUACGAGGCGUUGUUUGUCACAACGCUCGACCCAUUUUCCUGUUUGUAUUGUUAGCAUAGAUUUAAGCUUUACUUUAUAUUGAGAGUAUAACAAUUCUUACUGUUUAAUCUCCAAUGAAUAAUAAUAAAUUGAAAAAAAAUAUUUUAUGAAACCUUUAUUUUUUUUUUUAUUUAAUCCAAUUUUAAUUAAACUGACGAUUUUCAAUUUAUUUUUUUUCAAAACGAUUUUGAAUUGUCUUGUUAUUUAUAUUAACAAGUAUUCGUAAUUUUAUAUUUUAAUUUAAAAAACAAUACAAUCAACUUUGAUAGUUGAUAGAACAAAAAGGAGGUUUCAUGAAGGAAUUUAUUGUUUUAAUAUUUUCUAUGUACACCAAAUGGUUUGUUUAAACUAUGGACAUUUAAUUGUGCUUAUUUUAAUGUAAACGUGAAUUUCUUCAAUUAUAUUUUGUACCGUUAAAACCAUGUAGAACAAAUACUUGAAUUAAAAUAAUAAGACAUUAAAUUUGCAGGUUCAAAUCUGCUCAUAUGUAUGAUUUUCUUUAUCAUCUAAUUUUAAUUUUAUUUACCAUAGUAAAAGUAUGAUAAAGCAGGCAAUAAACGCUUAUUCUUAAAUAAAUAUUAUGUUUCAACCAUAAUCGAAAUUAAAUCAUAACAUCAAUGGUAUUGUAAAAGAAAAUAUUACCUAUUAUUUGACUAAUAUAUAUACACUGACAUAUAAGUUAUUUAGAAUCGAAGUUAGUGUUAGUGUUAUGUUUAAAUCACUCAAACGUAAAAGGUUUUUUUCCGAAGCGGGUAUUUCCAAACUUCAUUGAUAAAUCGUAUAUCAUUAAAAUCAUUGUCAACAGGAAAAUAAACAUUCAUCAAAUAAACGAUAAGAGGAAUACUUCGAAAUUUUAUGACAGUUGGAAAUAAAUUUAAAUCACUAAAAUUACAUUUAACAUAGACGCGGGUAAAUGAAAGUAAGAAAUAUUUUUAAUACUUUAGAUUUUUUGACAUAUUUAAUAUGAUUGUUGUUACUUUUUUUUAUGAUUUGGCUUCAUUCGCACUGGAGUCAUGGAAUAUGUUGCCAAUGUCAACGUUUUUAUUUGUUGGACUUAUUAUAAUCUAAAGUCCUGUAAGGAGAAAACGCGAAGGAGUUUGUCUAUUGGAAUAAAGACGUUCAUUUAA